AUGGGCGGCGUGCUCGGCGCGUUGCUCCACCGGCGGUCGUCUGGGGGAAGGCCGACGGCGCAGGGGCAGCAGGGCACGAGGCACCGGCCUCGGGGACUCACCCGGCAGCCGUCGGCCUACGACGCCGCCGCAGCCGGCGGCCACCGCAGGGCCAUGCUGUCCAAGAAGUACUCGUACAUACCGGACACCUUCACGUCGCUUGAUCAGGUGGCGGCGGCGCUGCGCGAGCAGGGGCUGGAGUCGUCGAACCUGAUACUGGGCAUAGACUUCACCAAGAGCAACGAGUGGACAGGGAAGCAGUCGUUCGGCGGGCAGAGCCUGCACCGGAUCAGCGACACGACGCCCAACCCCUACGAGCAGGCCAUCAGCAUCAUCGGCAAGACGCUGGCUCCCUUCGACGAGGACAACCUCAUCCCCUGCUUCGGCUUCGGCGACGCCACCACCCAUGACUACAACGUGUUCAGCUUCCACCCGGACAACUCGCCGUGCCACGGCUUCGAGGAGGUCCUAGCCUGCUACCGCAAGAUCGUGACGCACCUCAGGCUUUCGGGGCCGACGUCGUUCGCGCCCAUCGUGGAGGCGGCCGUGGACAUCGUGGACAGGAGCGGAGGGCAGUACCAUGUGCUCGUCAUCGUCGCGGACGGGCAGGUGACCAGGAGUGUCGACACCGGUGACGGCGACCUCAGCCCGCAGGAGAAGAGAACGGUGGACUCCAUUGUCAUGGCAAGCUCCUACCCGCUGUCCAUCGUGCUGGUUGGGGUCGGGGACGGGCCCUGGGACGACAUGCGCAGGUUCGACGACAAGCUCCCCGCGCGCGACUUCGACAACUUCCAGUUCGUCAACUUCACCUCCAUCGUGUCUCGGCCCGCCACGGCGCAGCAGCAGGAGUCGGCGUUCGCGCUCGCCGCGCUCAUGGAGGUGCCCAUCCAGUACAAGGCCACCAUGGAGCUCGGCAUCCUGGGGCGAUCCACUGGGAACGCUAAGAGAGUGUCCCCUGCGCCGCCGCCUCUGCCGCACGCGCAGAGGCAGUCGUCGCUGACGAGGGGAGCCAGCAAUGUCGGCGCCGCCGCCGCAGCGCCAAGAGAUGAUCAGGUGUGCCCAAUCUGCCUGACCAAUGCCAAGGAUCUAGCAUUAGGCUGUGGCCAUAUGAAGCCUGAAGAAAUGGCAUCAUGCAACGUCAGAUUCCUCGCCUUCUUCUUUGCCCUCACACUAUCGGUGCUUCACACUCACGCAGCAGCAGAAACCUUGCGCCAUAGGAGCAAGACAUGGUGCGUGGCCAAGCUGUCGGCGGAGGAGGCAGCGCUGCGGGGCAACCUGGAGUUCGCCUGCUCCGAGAGCGACUGUGGCGCCAUCCAGGGCACUGGCGGCUGCGCCCGGCCAGACGAAGGCCUCCUGUCGCGGGCGUCGGUGGCCAUGAACGCCUACUACCAGGCCCGGGGCAGGAACUCGUGGAACUGCUUCUUCAACGGCACCGGCCUCAUCACCAUCACUGACCCCAGUCUUGGCACCUGCAAAUAUGCUUGA